GUGCAAAGAAUAACAUAAAGAGAUAUUAUUAUUAUUAUUUUGCAUGAAAGGAAGACGCUUCUUAUAGCGUUUAUUAAAUUAGAUCUAUAAUAAUCAGCAGAAUAAUUCGUAUCACCAUGUUGACAACACUCAGGGCUUUCAUUCUGUGUCUUGUGGCAGUGAUGCUUUUCUCGAUUUAUGUGCCUAUUCCCGUAGUUUCUAAUAGCCUGAUUACUCCUGUAAAGUUGUCAUCUCUUAAUGUCUCAACCUCAGUAAAAUACUAUACUGAAGGAUAUGUUUAUUGCGGACAUGGAGAAGAGGUAUGCCCUUCCUCUGUACCCAUUUGCUGUGGUUCGGGAUCUAGCUAUUACUGUGUGCCCGCUGGUAGCUCUUGUUGUGGUGUUACUGGCACAUCAACAAGCUGUGAAACAGGCGAGCAGUGUUGCUCUAGCACCUACUACAACAGUAUUUGUUGUACAAAAGGUACAAAUUGUUAUGUGAACCGAAUGGAAAUUCCAUCAUGUCGGUCUGAUGAGUGUUCGUUGUAUACAACUGUGGAUGAGUGCCUCAAUAAAAAGAAUUCUAAAUGUGGUUGGUGCUGUGAGGAACAUCGAUGCGUUCCACAAUCAAAUGACAGCUGCCCUACCGCACCAAUUACUGGAAAUCAACAUUGUCCUUCUCGUUGCCAUCAUGCAAAUACAUGUGCGUUAUGCCUGGAUUCCAAACACGCACUCCUGAGCAAUAAACCUCUCUCCUACAUCGACUCUGGUGUAGAUCUUCAAUUAUCUCGACAAGAUGGAGUAGGUUAUAUGAGUGAUGAUGAGAAGUGCGUAUGGUGUUGUGCAACUAUGUCGUGUGUACCAAUUAAAAAUAUAGGGAUGUGUGCUAAUGAGCAAUUUCUCACUGAUCCCGGCCGUUGUGCCGCUUGUAUGCACAAUGGUGGCGGAGUACAAGAAGGAAUAGAUGAUAUGCUUGCGAUUUAUACCCUUCUUGGCUCAAUCCUUUUUAUUGUUGGGAUCGUUUGUUUUAUGAGCUGCAUUCGUGUAGCAGUGGAAGUCAUUUUAGAACAGCGAAACGAGGAGCAGUCCACAAAUGUGCAAGAUAAAAUUCGGCGUUAUGGAUUUAAAAUAAGUGAUGCUAUGCCCAGCAAUCCUUUGGUCCGAAGAUUUCGUCGCAUGUUAACUGAAGCAGGGAACACUAGUGGCACAAGUCUUUUCACGAAAGAACAAGAUGCCGCGUCUGAUGAUGUAGUAAGGUGUCAUCGUUGCAAUCAGCACAUUCACUUAAAAAUAUUGAAAAGUCAUUUAAUGCCCCCUUCAUCACAGUCACUUCCGUUAAAUUCCUAUUGUGCUUCCCAGGAGCUCCCAAAACUUACCAAGGCAGCGCUUGCGGAGAAUAUUACUGUUACUUCAGAUGAUUAUCCGACUUCCUCUGAUGAUCCAGCUGUCAUUUUGUUACCUUGCAACCAUCGCGUGUGUUACGCAUGUUUGGGUAUCUCAGCAGAAUUCUUGAAGGGACAUACCGAUCAGUCACCAUCCGGAAACCCAACAAAUGACCCAUCGAUGUCACCGACCAUGAUAUCAUUUGUGCCUCAGGCGACGGAGGACGGCGCCCCCACUUCCACUCUCUUGCAAGAAGUCCCAACUGAGACAGCCGAGGGUGACACUAGCAUGCAAGCACAGACAAACACGUCUGAGGUGAAUAGUACCGCAGGCUUGGAGGUAUCUCAGGUACCGGUAUGCCCCCUCAAACAGACUGCACCGAUCAACGAUCAGACCGAAUCUACCCUUGAGGAGACCAUUGCCAGAUGUUUUAGUAAAGGCAAAUGCACUAUAUGUGGUCAGAAGAUAUCAGAAUAUUUAUUAACAUCCAAAGUUCGGUUGAUUUAG